AUGACACUUAAACUCUUCGAUCAUUAUCUAUCUGAAUGGCACAAGGAAUUAAUAGAGAAAGAUGAAAAAAUAGCUCUCAUCAUUGACAAUUUCGCUGGACAUAAGGUUGACGAGAAUAAGUUCCCCAAUAUUCAAUUUUAUUGGUUACCUCCACAAACUACUUCACAUCUUCAACCAAUGGAUAAUGGCAUAAUCAAAGCCUUCAAAAACAAAUAUGUUCAACAUUUAUUUCAAAGAUUCUCGGAAUAUUUAGAUCAAAACAUGUCACUCAAUGAUAUCAUGAAAAACAUUAAUAUUUUUGAUGCUUUGAAAUGGAUAAAUGACUCUUGGUCGGAAGUUUCAAUGGACACAAUCAUUAAUUGUUGGAAUCAUGCUGGUUAUCGAGAAGAGAUUGUUGAUGAAUCUCUAAUAAUUGAGAAUAUUGAAAAUAAUAAUGAAGAUGAUAAUGUUGCUCAAAUGUACAGUCAAUUGACUGAAGGUAUCAAAGAUUCACCGACUUUAGUUGAAUACAUGGAUAGACUGACGAUGAAUGAUUUAAACACCUAUUCAGUGUCAGAUUAUGAGAGUACAAGGUCUUUAUAA